GAUUAGAGCCGUGGCCUAGUGAGGAUUACGUGCAGAGACUAGCGGAUAGGAAAGAAUGGCGUGAACGGAACGGACGAGGCUGGCGGGCAGGGCGUAUGGGGGUGUACAUUAUAGUUUUGGCCUUUUUUUCCUCGUUCGCUCUUGGGGAGCUUGGGGCCUUGGGCUUGAGGGAACGUGCUGGCGUGCGUGAACGGCCGCAUGAGAUCAGAGCGGGAAAAAAGGAUGGGAUGGCAGGUGUCUGUUUGUUGGUCUUUUCGCUCUCUGCGCGAAAAAAAAAAAAAAAAACAGAUGAGAAGAGGCGCUGGGCGCCGCCGCCCCGCGCCAUACUCAAAACAUCAGAUGACAUUGGGGGGAACAUAACACAGAGUAAGUCAGACCUGCCCCCCCUUCCCAUGCUCUUCUGGGCCAAGUUUGCUCUUUGGGACUCUCCUCCUUCAAAGGAGAUUGAGAAAGAUGGGAUGCUUCUGACGAAAGAAGGACGUUACUUGUGUGACCGCGUUAGGGAUUCCUUAGUUGAUCGCCGGAGAAGUAAACCACAUGUUCGACAGCCAGCCCUCUUCUACGGUAUUAACCUCGUUCCGGCAAGAAAAAAAAACUGUCCGAGAGGACGCUCUUGAGCUGGAAUGGGGUGUAAGGGGAAACACGGUACAGUUGUGACAAGAGCAGUCUCUGCAACUUUUUGCUUCCUUCCGUAUGCCAUGUCGCACAUGAGUCGCCCGCCGUAUUACAAGACUGCAGUCACGAAUCUUAAGUCAGUAUCCCAAUAAUAGUGGGUAUAGUAUCCGUGAGAGU